GUGUAUAUCGCGCAUGCGCGAUACGAUACCUUACGAGCUCGUGGAAGGUGUACGACGCCAGACGCGCGUCGCCCACUACGAGGGGAGGACGUACUUUCGUUCGGUAUUCUUGUAAACUCACGUAACCUUUGAAGUUCAAGAGGACUUAUUUUCGAAUACGGAAUUUUUCAUCGAAAUAAAAAUGGCUACGGAAGCUGCUCAAAUACCUCAUUUCGAAGUUUUCCAUCGUGUUCUCGAGCUUCCAAUGAUUGAAAUGGCUUUAACCAAAUCGGUAGAAACUUACAGUAAGUUAAAAGAUUCCCAUUGGUUAGUACAUUGGGCUCUAACCACAGCUGAAAGUUCUUUCGAGAGUGCUACCAGACAAGCUGUACCCAUAGCCGCUCCCCUAGCUAAGAAACUCGAGAAUCCUAUUCAUUUUGUCGACCACACGCUCUGUCUCGGUCUCGACAAAAUCGAAGAAAGAGUACCAUUGGUGAAGGAGAAACCCGAGCAGAUUUUAGCGAAUGCCUACGGCCUAGCCGUAAAAAAAGUUCAACCAGCAGUUUCCACGAUUUAUCAUGUGAACGGAACUUUGAUAGAACAGGCUACAAAUCUGAGAGAUCUCAGCUGGAACAAAGCGAAUCAAAUUUUGGAAACUCAUUACGGUACAGCAGCUGUGAAAGGCUUGGACAAUACCGCAAUAGUCGUGGACAAUUUGAUAGACGUAUAUUUUCCUGCUAUUGGAGAGGAAGAUCAAACUGAUUCUACGGUGAAGACGGAAGAAGAGGACAAACUCCUUCAUAGUUUGCAAACCGUUGGCCGCUUAUCCAAUAAAGCAGCUCGACGUGUCUAUAUAAAUAUGUUUCAUCGUACAAAAACCCUUAGCAAGGACAACUUAAGAAGAUAUAUCGCUUUUCUCCUGGAAUUUUUACAACUUACACAAUACAUACAUGCGAUCAAUGAAAAAGUGAUCGAAUUAACCAGUCCUCAUAAAUGCGAGACCGUUAACAAACAAACGUCGAAUAACCAGAACUCAAAUUCGAAAUAAUUUGUAAUAAUUUACAUUUUUUUUAUCUUUAUAAGCAUUUUUUUAUCAUGAUUCAUUAUAUUUUGAUUAUAUAAUUAAUAUCAUUUAACCAAACGUAUUUCUCUCGGAAAAGUAAAAAUAUUGUUCGUAAGAAAAAAAAAAAAAAAAAAAAGAGGGAAAAUAUAAAUCGAUUAAUACAAAUCGUACUCUCGAAAAACGAUCUUGAAAUUUCUGCUUAUAUCAUAUUGUCCGCAUAUUUGUGCGUAUAUCAUAUUGAUUGUCCGCAUUUCAAAUUUUUCCGUGAUGUACUUCAAAUUUCUAGUCCAAAGUCCAACGCAUUAAUCUAUGUGUGUUAUGUGUGUUCAAUUCGCGAUAUUAAAAUGAGGAUAAUAGACAGGUUCCAAAUCUAUAUAUGUAAAUCAUAAACAGAGAUAAGUCGAAGAGAAACGUUUCAACCUUUGAACAUUAUAUUCGAAUGACAACGCUAAAUCUGUCAGACUUCCCUGUGUUAUUGAUUUUCGUUAUCUUAGAUAUAUCAAUCAGAUUAUUCAUAAAACCAUCUUCUUUAUUAAAUACGUUAAAAAAAAAAUCUGCAUUUCUGAAAUAAUAUUAUUAAAUAAGAUUAAAAGAGAUAUAAAUAUAAUAAUAAUAGCAAUAAUUCAUAUAUAUAUAUAUAUAUAUAUAUAACAGCACAAAUAAAAACACUUUUUAUAUCUAUAUACAUUGAUUUUUGUCAUAUUUCUAUAAAUCGACUUUUCAAAUCGAUUUAUACAGUAAUCUAUAAUGGUUCAACGUCAAUAAUUCAAAAAUAUAACGCAACUAUAUACUAGACUUGCAUUUCAUCGUGACUCAUAUUUUCCCGCUAAAUUUGAUUCGCAAUGUGAUUUAUCGUGAGAGCAUAGUACAAUUUAACGUACCAUCUAUUACAAAUCAACACGUAAUUCGCUAGCAACAAGUGCCAACGUUUUAACCUCCACGUCAUGAAAUCAACAAGAUGUACUUUUAUACUGCGUAGAUUAAGGAAGAACAGGGCCGUACCUACGGAUUCAUCGUACCACCAGAAAUAUAUUCUUUUUAUCUCCUUUAAUUUAAAUUUAAUUGUAAUUAAAUUUAUUUUCCUUUUUUUUUUAUUAAAUGUAAAAAAAAUUGAGGUCGCUAAUUUUUCGAAAGUUCGUAUACAAAAAUUAAGAAUUUGAUAUUUUUAAUUAUUAUUAUUGUCUUUAUGUAAACACUUAUAAGUCGUUCACGAUCUAUGAAACUUUUAAUUUAGAAUAGUACAUCAAAAUUAACGUACGAAGAAAGAAAUAAAAAAAAAGUAAAAGUGAGGGUGCUUCUGUCGAUCGAUACGGUGUUUAAGAUGGCGCUGCAUUCAAUCUUGUUACUUCACCUUCCCACCGGUGUUCAUCAAGUCUACAUCGUUUUUAUUUCCUCGUCGCUUAUUGGUGUUUCCUCUUCCUCGCUGACCAACGAAAAGAUGUUAUAAAAGAGACAGAAAUGCACGCAAGCCGGCAGUGACAACGUUCAGUAUCUCUUCGAGCGAAGUAAGACGUAAUUGGUGUUCGUUCAACAACUUCAAGACGUUUUAAAUCGUGUUUUUUUUUU